GCACUCCAAGGAUGUCGCAUGGCCACCAUGAGGCGUCCAGACAAGUGAUGAAGGCGAUGGCGAGUCCCAGGCAUGCUGAAAGUGGCAAUACCGAAAUGACUCCUCGGCAUGUAUCUGAAACAGAUACAAUGUGGCAGGAAAGACAUAUGCCAUAGGGGAUCUACGGUUGAUCAAGCUCUACCUACGUUUCGUAAACUUGAAUCAUGUAUACAGACUGCUGAGCGCGAACAGAGGAACAAAACAGGUUUCGAACGACUCAAAAAUAGAAUGCAGCAGGUCUUGCUACGCGCCUCGGAUAUAUGAGAGGAUUAGACCACUUCGUUCGAGUAUUCAGCGAAGCAGAUAGCUCCUCGACCAAGGUUCAUUACCGUGCAUUUGGCGCCACUGGCAUGGUAACACGUUUUUCAGAAUUUGUAUGCGACCGUCAUUUCGCAAUCCGUGGAAUCGACACGAGGCGCUGCGGAAUCUGUGCACACUAUGCUCAGCAACUGAAGUCAAGAGACAUUUCAAUGAGACAGCCACCCUUGACGGGACGUAGCUUGUGUAACCGAGUAAUCGACCAGGGCUUUGCCGCAGGCU